GAUUUGUUUAAAAGAAGUUUUCCUACUUCAGGUUUAAAUAAAAUUAUAGUCCAUAAUAAAAAUGGGAGGUGAACAAGUUAUUCUUGCCACCGCUGGAUAUGAUCAUACAAUUCGAUUUUGGCAGGCACAUAGUGGUGUCUGCACAAGAACAGUCCAGCAUCCAGAGUCUCAAGUUAAUAAAAUGGAGAUAACACCUGACAAACAAUUUCUUGCUGCUGCUGCAUACCAGCAUGUCAGAUUGUAUGACAUACCCUCUGCUAAUCCUAGCCCAGUGAUCAAUUAUGAUGGGAUUUCUAAAAAUGUGACUGCUAUAGGUUUUCAAGAAAAUGGUAAAUGGAUGUUUACUGGUGGAGAAGAUAAAUCAGUUCGAAUUUGGGAUACUAGAACCAGAAGUUUACACUGUCAGCAUAUUUUUCAGGUAAGUGCACCAGUCACAUCUGUAUUUCUACAUCCUAAUCAAACACAAUUGGUUAUUGGUGAUCAGAGUGGUGCAAUUAAUAUGUGGGAUUUAAAGACAGACCAUAACGAACAAUUAAUUCCUGAAACAA